AUGUAUGAUAGAGCGGAGCGUAAUUUGAGUACCUUAAUUGGUAGUACCCCAGGUGUAGUGGGACCAGGGACAUAUGAAGCUGGAAAAAUACCAAGAACUAGGGUCAAAGCAGAUGGAUAUGCACCAUUUCUUUCCAUGACAUCAAGGGAAACCUUUUUAAACAUGAAUGAUCAAGUUGUAGCAGCCCCAGGACCUGGACAUUAUGAUCCAUCCAUAUCAAAAGUUGAUGUCAAGGGUGGUGGAAGUGUAAGUAAUAAAAGUAAGAGAUUUGAUGAUGAAAUGAAGGAUACACCUGGUCCAGGAAGUUAUAACACACAUAUUGCCUCAGACUUCUCUCGGCAAACAAAAUCUGCUCCACAAUUUAAAGAAUUGUCCUCAAAUCGUGUAAAGUUCCAUCGAAAACCAGAAGCACCAUCCAUACCCUGUCCUGGUCAAGCUUAUGGAUAUGAAGAUUGUGAAGAUGGUUCAUUAAAGAAACAGAAUCCACCAGGUCGAGAUGUAACCUUAGGUCCAGCAUUUUAUAAAUUAGAUCAUGGAGAUACUAAAACCACAAAGAACUAUAAAGGGGUUCAUUUUAGUAAGAUGACAUCUAAGAGAAGUGAUUUUACUGGAGCUCUAUAUGGACCCGGUCCAGGAGAUUAUGAACCUUACCCACAAACUCAUACUCGUGUUGAAAACUCAAAUAUACAUGAUGAUGAUCCUAAAAGAUAUGAUGCCAGAAUUCCAAGAUAUCAUGAAUCUGUGGCUAUAGAACAGGAUAAAAAGGCUGUACCCGGACCAGGUAAAUAUGAUAUAAAAGGCCAGUUUGAACCAGUUCAAGCUAAAGUUAAUACGGACGGCAUUGAAGUUGAACAUCCACCAUUUUUGUCACAAGCCAAGAGAUUUCAACCUUUGAAACAGAACAGUCCAGCACCAGGAACAUACAAUGAUCCUAGAACAGCUUUAGACAGUUUACGUAAAGUUACAGGAUUAAAAAGAAGUCCAUUUUCACAAACUUCUGUAAGAUUUAGUGAUGAUCAUCAUGUUAGAAAAAUACCAGGUCCAGGCAGUUAUAAUAUUAGUGGAAUGGGUGCAGAAAGUAUGAGAAAAGCCUAUUUACAGAGUACCAGGAAGGGUGUAUUUGGUACCAUGUCUCCCAGGAUUCAAGUUAUUUCUAAGAAGAAUGAAAAUGAAAUACCUGGUCCAGCUCAUUAUCAGGUUAAAGAUAAACCAAACAUGACCCGUUAUCAACAAUGUUCCUCUAACUUUGCUUCAGUAACAAAUAGACUGUCAGAACCACCUUCUGUUGUCAAGAAUAGAUCAAACUUAUUAUGUGUCAUAGGAAAUUACCAUUAUACAAAGAUUAUUGGUGUAGGAUUUGUAUGUCAUAUUGAAGGGUAUCAGGAAAUUCCACCGCCUGGUUCCUAUGAAGUACACAAGUCUUAUGUUAGUUCUCAAAUAAGACCACACCGAGCUCAACCCAGAAAUGAAACUGCUAAAAAGAAACAUGGUUCCUUUAUGUCUGCUGCUUCAAGAUUUGCACCAAAUCGUAAUAUGGUGGCUGAACAACCUGAUUUAGAUGUACCAGGUCCUGGAGCCUAUAAUUCUAACACUAAUACACUGUCUAAUAAAGGUGGUUUGAUGAUCUGUAAGAAUAAGAGAUUUAUAGAUGAUAAAAAUGAAACACCAGGCCCUGGAACGUAUGAGUUUUCACCACUGAUACAAGAUACAGUAUUAAGAGGAACAUUUAAUUCUACAUUGGGUAAUCCACUGGCUGGACGUCUAGAUUCUUUACAUCAAGGAAAUACUGCUAAACAUGCCUUUUUAUUGGGUGUUUAA